UUGGACGGAGAGUGAAAAUUCCCCUUCGGUACGGUGACGUGAGAAGUGAUCUCACGCAGGGACCAGCACGGAAGGAGUUGUUAUUUGUGAAGCUUCCUGGUGUUAAAGCCGUCGCGCUCGGACCAUGGCCAGCUUCAAUGGGACGUCCGGCAGUGGGGACAAUCGGAGGGCAGCGCCGGGUCCCGGCUCGAACAAUGAAACUUUACGCAGACAAUCAGGAGCUAUCAUGCGAAGGUUUGUUCUGGAGACAAUCCAGGAAGAGAAUCCAGAAGUGCUGCUAAGCCCAGAGGAUGUUGGAGGGGUCGAGAGUGAGAUUAAUGAGCCUGGCAUUAAGGAGAUAUGUAAAAGCUUAAAGAAGAUUGGGGAUGAGUUGAACAAAAAUACUGAACUUCAACAUGUAAUCGAUGUAAUUCCCGUUGACGACAUCCGAGACAUAUUACAUCAAGUAGCUGUGAAGAUAUUAACUGCGGAAGACUUGAACUGGGGACGAAUUGUGACCUUCCUCUAUUUUGCUGGCAAACUUGUCUUUAAAGCCCUAAAAAGUGCGAAGGCAUUGAUUCGACAGAUAAUAAACUGGUCUUUAGAUUUGAUUCAAGUCCGUGUGAUCCCAUGGAUUGAGCAACAGGGUGGAUGGGAGACAAUCUUUUCAUACUUCGGGAAUGCAACAUGGCCAACAUUCGUUGUCUUCUCUGCGGGCGUAAUCACUGGCAUUUUGGCGUUUUUGAAACUGACCUAAGGUCUGCACCCCAGUUUGGUUUUGAGUGGUUGCGUCCUAUGCUAAAUACAGACUGCAACAUUCAGUGGUUAUCACUACUUCAGGAGGGAAUGUCUGCAAAGAUCUGUUAUACUUGAAACGAUUGUUAAUAACGGAUUUGCUCAAUAUUGGAGGAAUUUACAUAUAUCCUUGUUACUUGAUUUAAUUUUAUAUACAGCUUUUAUGAAUUCGUUUUUUUUUCCUGUCUACAGUGGAUCACUUGUUCCAAGAUGUUUAUAUUUUGCGGAAUUUGUAUUAAAAAUUUUUAAAGUAGAUGUGAAAGUGAAACUCUUGUUAAGUGUGAAACAAAAACAGAAAUGCUGGAAAUAUUCAGCAGAUCGGGCCACGUCUGUGAGAGGAGAAGUAGACAGGAGAUUCUGUAGCUGCUGGAAUUCUACAGUAACACACAGACAAUUAGGAGGAACUCAGCCGAACAGCCAGCAUUUAUGGAGAGGAAUAAAGAGCCAAUGUUUUGGGCCGAGACCCUUCAUCAGUCCUCUCCAUAGAUGCUGUCUGACCUGCAGAGAAAUAGUGCUAUGGCUGCUCUUGAGUGUUUCUAGCAUGUAAUUUUUUUUAAAAAAAUUACUAAAACUGCAAUUCUUCGUGCUGUCUGUAUAAAGAACUUCAUACUCCUGCAUAACGAAUGUAAAACCACCUGUGGAAAUAAAAGUUGCCUCCAAAAAAAGAGGUAAAUUUGCCCUUCAAAAUCCUCAUUAUAACACUCCCAAUAGCACUUCAGAUGUCUGACAGCCAUACCUUCCCAUACAUUGCUUAUUGUGUAGGCAAUUUAAUAUCUCAAACCUCUUUCUUCCUAGAUUGUAACUGAUCCAUUUUUUUAAUUCCAGCUUUUCUCUCACUUAGUUAAUGUAAACCUGCUAAGGGAUUUCAGUUGCAGCUCAGUACGGAUGAUAAUAAUCUGGUCUGAAUCUGAAUCUAAUUCCUGGGGAUUUCUACUACUACUUGUCUGGAGAAGUCCUUCUUAAACAUCCUAACUCUAAUUUUAUGUCAAAACAUAGAAGAAAAUCUGUACAUCGGGAGGCACUUGUCAAGAGAGAACCUUCUUUAGCCUGUCUAGUUCUGACAUGCUGAACAUCUCUGGGAUUGUAUGCCUUUACUUAAGAAUUCUGGCUCUUUUUGCUUGUAGAUUGUUUAGUUUCAUGUCUCCUUGUUUGAGAAUAAUGAUUUCUAUCUUCAUUGUUAAAUUAUCUGUGCUUUUCGUUGGAUGAAAUCUGCAUUGCCUUUGGUCAACAGGCAUCAACUUAACUUCUAUGUCAUUCAAAGUCAAAGUCAUAGAACAUUUAGCAUAGAACAGUACAGGCCCUUCAGCGCACAAUGUUGUGCAGAAUAUAUAUAACCAUAAGCCGCUGGAGCAGAAUUGGGCCAUUUGGCCGAUCGAGUCUUGUCUGUCAUUUGAUCAUGGCUGAUCCAUUUCCCUCUCAAUCCCAUUCUCCUGCCUUCUCCCUUUCAGUCCCAGAUUUUCCAAGAACCUAUCAACCUCUGUCUUAAACACACUCAAUGACCUGAUCUCCACAGGUGCCUGCACCACUGAAUUUCACAGAUUCAUCACCGUCUAGCUAAAGAAAUUCCUCCUCAUCCUCAUUGUAAAUGGAUAUCCCUUUAUUCUGAGGUUGUGCCCCCUGGUUUUAGAUUCCCACACUAUAGGAAACAUCCAUUCUAUCGAGUCCUUUCAGCAUUCAAUAGGUUUCAAUGAGAUCCCCCUCGCCCACCCUCCUUCCUUUAAAUUCCAUCAAGUACAGUACCAGAACCAUCAAAUACUCCUUAUACGAUAAGCCUUUCAAUCCCAGAAUCAGAUUCAGGAACCUCCUUUGAACUCUACCCAAUGUCAGCACAUCCUUUCAUCGAUAAGGGGCCUAAAAUUGCUCACAGUACUCCAAGUGGGGCCUCACCAGUGCCUUAUAAAGCCUCAGCAUUACAUGUAUGCCUAGGUGCAAUGAAAUGCUUACUUGUAGCAGCACCAUGGGCACAUAACAUCAGAUGCACAAGAAAAACAUCAACAUAAGAUACAAUGCACUCUGCAACACUCUUAAGAGGUUAAUAUAUACUUCCUGCAAAGUCCAGAAGAGCAACACAAAACCAGAGUUUUAUAUAACUACCAUAAUUUCCUUGCAUUUAGUAUUCCAACCAACCCCCCACCAUUGCAUUAACCUUUCUUUCAACGUGCUGUGUGCUGGCCCCUCACGCCAGGCAGCCGCAAACAAGCGGGCACCAUGGUAACAGCAGUUUGCAUGACUCUAUUACAGCUCAGGAGGUUUGCACGUUCUACCCGUGACCGCGGGUGUUUCCUCCGGGUGCUCCGGUUUCCAUCCACAGUCUAAAGACGUACUGGUUGGUAGGUUAAUUGGUCAUUGUAAAUUCUCCAGAGAGUACAUGGGUUCCUGGCCGGCAUGGGCUCGUUAGGCUGGAGUGCUGUACCUCUAAAUAAAUAAGCAACAGAACUUGGCAUUGUUUACAUCAGCUUUGAUCAGACCAUGUAGCAAUAGUAAUAAUUGGGAUAUUUGAAUGGGGAAAACAGUGCGUGUUUCAUUUAAUAACUCUGAAUUGCAUGUUACUUGGGUAGAAAGCGUUUGGGAUUACUCGACAGCAUUUUGCUGUUAUGUAUUGCAGAGAAGAUACUACUGGCAUUUUGAGUGUAUUGUUUGUAGUGAUGUUUGUUUAUAUCUUUUAUUAUCUGUAUUUGGCAAUGUAUAUUAUUCGGUGUAACAGGAGUUCCAGCCUCGGGUCCACGGGCUCCUUGCUUGAUGUUAUUGGUGGUCCAUGGCAUAAAAAUGGUUGGGGACCCCUACAGUCGUAUGUAUUUGACUAUAAAUAUAGCAGACGUUAAAUAAAUAAUUACUUCUGGU